CCGAGCACAAAUGUACAAAUGCACCUUUAUCUUAGUCAAUUACUCCGUAUUACUGUAUCCUUCAUUUUGACAUUGGCGGGGAAGACAAGUGAAGGUCUGAGAUUCAGUCAAGGCCCAGGGAAGAAGGCUAUGAGUAGUGUGCUGUCUUAUCUCACCAUCGGCGUCGAGUCGUCACCGCCGGUGAACUGGUGGGACAAGAUAAACGAAUCAGUUAAAUGGCAAGACGGAAUCUUUUAUUCACUCUGUGGUGCCUACGCUCUCGUCUCUGCCGUUGCCCUUAUUCAAUUGAUAAGAAUUGAACUGAGAGUGCCUGAAUUUGGCUGGACAACACAAAAGGUCUUUCAUAUCAUGAAUUUCAUUGUAAAUGGAGUUCGUGCUAUUAUCUUUGGGUUUCACAAACAAGCCUUUCUUUUCCACCCGAAGGUGCUAACUUUGGCGCUUUUGGACCUCCCUGGGUUGCUCUUCUUCUCAACAUAUACACUUCUUGUCUUAUUCUGGGCAGAAAUAUAUCACCAGGCCAGAAGUUUGCCAACUGAUAAACUCAGAGUCCUAUAUAUAUCAAGUAAUGUUGUAAUAUACAUCAUACAAGGUGGUAUAUGGUUGUACCUCUGGAUCAAUGAGAAUCAGACUGUGGAGUUUUUUGGAAAGAUAUUUAUAGCAGUUGUUUCACUCAUAGCAGCUUUGGGAUUCUUGUUCUAUGGUGGAAGGCUAUUUGUCAUGCUGAGACGCUUUCCUAUUGAGUCUAAAGGAAGAAGAAAGAAGCUUCAUGAGGUUGGAUCGGUAACAGCCAUAUGUUUCACGUGUUUUGUCAUAAGAUGUUUUGUGGUUGUAUUGUCUGCUUUUGAUUCUGAUGCAUCACUCGAUGUAUUGGACCAUCCAGUGACGAAUUUCAUAUAUUAUGUGCUAGUGGAGAUUCUUCCUUCCGCUCUUGUUCUUUACAUACUGCGCAAACUGCCCCCCAAAAGAGCAUCUGCACAAUAUAACCUCAUACGUUAGCUGCACUAAGAGUGAAUUUGGUUGGAGGAUUUGAGAAGGAAGGUUUGAUUCUUGUCAUAAUAGUUUUUUCUCUUAUCUGUCGGUCCUAGACUAGUAAAUAAAUAACUAUUUGCUUUUUGUUAAAUCAUGUAAUUCUAUAUAAAAUUUCAUCUUCUCUUUAUUGUCAACCAUCUAAAUGUAAAAAUAAACUAUUAAAAUAUAAUCACCAUUCCCUCUGGCAUCCCCCAACCAAACAAGUUUUUAUUGUCCUCGGGGGAGCAAUGCUUGUUUUCCCAAGUAGACCAGAAAAAAAACCCUGGAGAAAAUAGGUGCAUGUGCUUUUAGUAUUAGCCUAGAACCAGCUUGUUCCUAUUGGGUAAGUGUAAUGUUGGCACAAUUGUUUGUACUUGUACAUUCUGGACAAGCAAGUAUGAUGUUACAAUGACUAACUUCUCAUUGCAUGGUCUAUGGGCAUCUGAUGUGAGAUUGAACUACGACUCAUCCUGGAGGACCCCUACAAAUAACAAAUAUGAACAUGAAACUCUUGAUAUUUCACCUUUGCAAAAAGCUUUGAUUUUCUGGGAUCCUUUUUCGUCCACCAUUGGUUGAUCAGAUUUGGUAAGAAUUGAGGGAUUGAGCUCUUUUGGGUUAUGCUAUUUAUACAUGAUUGUUGUCCUUCAUUUUAUAGUUGUACUGUUGUACACAUAAUUGAUGUACAAGUUGUUUUUCAGGAUUCGUCUUUGGUAUAUGUGCACAUACAUAACUUUUUUAUGUUCGUGUUUGUGUGAAUAUAAAAAGUGAUAUUGACUGUUUAAAUGGCGUUGGUGUAGAGAUUGGUGUAAAAAAAAAGUAUUUUCCAGCUAUUUUACCGUGACUUUGGACGCACCUUUUUUACUUUUAGUCAAUGAUAAAAACAUUUUGUUCCUUUCAAAAUUUCCAAUCUAAAUUUUCAUAUGCAGGGAUAAAAUGGUUAUCAGUUUCUUUGCCGUGUGCUUGAGUGCAAAGUUGCAGAAAAUCAAAACUACCCAUGAUCCAUUUUGUUCUCUGCAAUGGCAAAACUUCUCACAAUCUCACCCAUGUUUUGUGCAACCAUAUCCUUCACUUUUGUGCAGUAAUAGGGCUACGUAUUAAACUCUUUCAGAUAAAACAAAGAACCGAUGAUUGGAUCCUCUUGUCACACACAAAGGAGAUCCCAACACGCAUUUACAAUACAUAGAUGGUUUGUAAUUGAGAGUUGGAGUGACCUUACUAUUUGAGCCGCACAUAUAUGAAGAAUUUCUGCUGUCUUACAGCUUGAACACCUCAAUGAAGGAACCCUUAUAUGGCUAAGAACCCUAAAUUUGAAUGAUUGGAGAGAGGAUGAACUUACUUGAGCUUUAGAUAGAUGGCUGGUACCUUUGGGUCUUUGGCAAAACCCUAAAGUCCGAAUUCAUAGAUGGAUAACACAACUUAAUAGGAUAGUUGUUCGAAGUUUCUCACAAUUCUCAGCCACAACUAGUCCUGGACUCGGGCCGGGCGGCCCGGCCCGGUUACUAUUUGGCCCGGCCCGGCCCGGGGCCCGGUGGGUCCCUCG